GAGGCCCUAGUCCGCUUGUGGUGCUCCGUGGUCUGGCACAACGGGCUUGAACAUGGCGGUAACACGAUUAUAGAGGUUGGUGUUCGAUUUCCUUCCAUCCUAGAGGCAUUUGAACCUGUGCAAGUACACCACAAACAAACACCACAAGUAAACAUCAUAAUCUCAAAGUUUGACGUUUAAAAUAACACUUGCACUUUCUGGGCUGUCAAAUCGCUGCCAACUUACUUAUCUUGGUCUGACUAUAGUGUUUAGGACGUAGCCGCGUAAGCUGAAGACAUUAUAAUAUGCCAAAAUUAAAGAUAAACGAUCUUUAUCAUUAUCUUUAUCUUUAAUGACGAGCUUAUCAGACAGUUUUGUUCGCAUUACUGAACAGUAUUCUUGUCUCUUUAAUAAGAAGUAAUCGAACUGUUCAGCUGUGAUUGAACUGACAUAAUACAUAUACGCGACUGAUAAGCAGCCUAAAACAGACUUUUUUAAACAGGACAAUGUCCCGAAUCUACCUGCGCAUGGCCGGCUAUGUGGUCACCCUAGCAUUACACCUAUCAAAUGGCUUAUACAUGAGGAGUUUUCAUACUAAGGAGUUACUGGAAGACCCUGAAAUAAGGACCUUUGUCGGGGUCCAGUUUAGAUACAUCACGACAUGGACAUUUCUCUUUCAAAUGGUGUAUGCCCUCAUCGGAUUGACAUGUGAUUGGUUGACACUGAAAAACUCCUCCAAUAAGAAAUACAAAGUCCCAAGUUUUUUGGCCGACACUAGAGACACAAUGUAUUCCGCUGUCAUAUGGCCUUCUACUUUUCAAGUGGCAACCCUAUUCUGGCCUUUCUACCUCUACGACGUCCAACUGGUGUACCCAAUCUUCAUAGAUAGGGUUGUCACGCGUUUAUCCAACCAUAUAAUGCACAGCUUUAUAAUACCCAUUGCUGUAUGGGAGAUGUUGAUGAGGCCGCAGAAGAGACCACAGAGCGAACUGAAGAUUGUUAGUAUAAUGUCGGUGUAUACUGUAGCUUAUUGGGCCGUUUUAUUCUACACAUACAUCGAACAAGAUUAUUGGAUAUAUCCUAUAUUUAAAUAUGUAUAUGGUACAAUUUAUCUGCCUAUACUUAUAUGCUAUACUUUCCUACUUUUAGUUAUAAAUUAUAAGACACAAUGGAUUAUUAUAGAAUUUUUGUAUCCAUCAAAAAAAGUUAAUAAAAAGGGAAAAUAAAUA